AAUGAAUUUGGCUGAAAAUGCGCUAGUUAUGAGAGAAAAAAGGGCUUAAAAUUUAUCAUGCAGAGAUAAUCUAGAUGGUUCUGAGUGAUUGAGAUAUUGGUCUGAAAUGAGCUUUGGAUCCGAGGUAAGAAAUUUUAUGUUUUUAGCAAAAGUAGUCCGGAUUUUUCUUUAGAACCCCAAAUUCGCAUUUUUGAUAAUUUUAAUUACUUUAUUUCCUUGUAAAUUUAUUUAUAAAAUCGUCCAAGAGAAUUACACCUGUGCAAAAAGUACUGUAAGAUUCCUCAAAAUUUCUUGAAACAGGCAUAUUUCCAUUUGUACCCUUAACUACUCUCUCCUAUGUUCAAAAAUUUAUACUCAAAUCAGACAAGCGCAAGACCCAAAGUCUCAAAUCAAACAAAAAUAAUAAUUAAAAAUAAAAAUGGGUUGCUCUCAGAGUUCUCUAAAUUGUUGCUCUGACAAUAUGUUAGACAAAAACUCAAUCAUCAUCCAAAAUUCCAGGACUGAACCUUUGAAAGGAGCAAAAUGAGGCUUUUCAGGAAGCUCUCAAUUCUUAAAGAAUCCCUAAAUCCUCAACUAAGAAGUAUACCAAAGACAUGAACACUAAUCUCAGCAUGCUGAAGACACUUGAAAGAAUGGUUGAGCAUUUCACCUUUGACCAUAAGCUCACCGACGAGAGUUGCUACCUCUUGAAGCUCGACCAGGAUCAAGACUCUUUGACUAGGAUCAAGCAAAAGAUUUAAGAAUACCAAUUGGCGGCUAUCCGAGCCACAUCCUGGUACCUAUAGAAGCAGAAUAUUAGCCUUAACCAACCAAGUCGAUCUAUUACUUCAAGAAUACAAAGAUAUGAAGAGUUCUGCAAUUGAAGGAGAUGUUUCCAAUGAUCUUAGCUAUACGGAUAUCACUGCAAGAGCCACUACAAGUAAACCUGAGCUUUACUAUGAUUCACCUGUGCUACAGCCCUACAGAAGAAUCUCGACGAAUUCCGAAAGCGUAGAUCUCCAACAAGAGGAUACACCAGGUCCAUCAAAGAUAGAAUCCAUUGAAAUCAAAGAAAGUUUGUUGAAAGAUUAUGAUACUUGCCCACAAGAAUAUCUGAAACCAAGCAAAAAUUCUUCCGCUCAUAUAUAAGUUUGCC